AUGCCAGUCCACUCCAUUCUCACCGAAGACCAUCUCUCCCGAUUCCGCCGAGAUGGCUUUCUCCAUCUCCUCCGUGAAGAGCACGGUCUCGUAGCCGAUCCGAGCAAGCUCUCUGACUGGGCGAGCGAGAUCGUAUCGUGGCCGCGCGAGAAGGGGAAGUGGAUGCCAUACGACGAAGUCAAUCAACGCGGCGAGAAACAGUUGAUGCGUACCGAGAACAUCGUUGCUCAUUUCCCGCCUAUCGCUGACAUACUCGUCGGCGAGGGCGUGCUAUCGAUUUUGAAACAACUCCACGGGAAAGAAGCGUUCCUCUUCAAAGACAAGAUCAACUACAAACUACCCAACGCAAAUGGCUUCGUCGCGCACAUCGAUGCUCCUGCAUACUACCAUAUGGGCGAAAUGCCCUUCAUGGAAGUUAUGCUUGUAGUCGACGCGCAGACCCCCGCCAACGGGUGUCUAGAGUUCGUUCCUGGAUCGCACAAAGCCACACCCACACUCGUCAACGGAGGGCGCAUUUCCGACGAAUGGGAAAAAAGCCACGAUUUUGUAAAAUUGGAUCUCCAGCCGGGUACGUAUACAAAAAUUCCCCGCGGUAUUUAUCCCGGUGGAUGGCGAAUAGAAGGGUUCGGGGAAGCGGGAUGGGCAGAUGAUGGAUAA